UCCUGGCAGAGGCUGAGCGUCUGGUCCGGCUUCGGGAAUCAGGAUCCUGAAGGGACCGUGUAGGCUGUCCUGGGGUCGCCCGCGGCUCCGCGCUGCUGCUCUCUCGUUUGCCUGCACCUGGAGCCAUAGCUCUGCCUUGGUUUCCCCUCCUGUAAAACAACCUGUCCGGGAGGGUGAAUCUCCGCGGUUGCCUUUAGCCCCGAGGUGUUGCAAGUAAGUGAAGUCGAAGAGGAAGAUGCAGACUUUUCAGAUGGGAUGCCCCCUCAGCUAGGAACCCAGGAGGGAGCUUGGGGCCAGGCUUCCUUACUUGCUACGGCGCUCAUGAGUUUUGUACAAAUUUUAAGCUUCUGGGAGACUCGGGUUCUCCGUCUUUAAAGUAAAGCUGACAACCCCUGCCCAGGCUCCCUCAUAGGACUACAGGGAAGAACAGAAGGGAAAGCCAUUUAAAGAACUGGAACUCUGGAGUCAGUCAGACCUGGAUUCGGGUCUUAGUUUUGCCACUUAUUAGCUGUGUAACCUUGAACCAGAUAGAUUCCUCAUCUAUUAAAAGGAGAUAAUAAUAAUAAUACUUAGCUCAUGCAGUUGCUGUGAGGAUUAAGUUUAAAGGGUUUAGAACAGUAUCCAGUACAGAAGUGCUUAAUAGUGUUAUUAAUACAAGUAUUAUUAAAUUAACAAGCUAGAGAAUGCUCCACGUGAGGAGUUUUUAGUAGCAGUAAUCAUACUUCAGCUUCUAGAUCUUUAAUCCUAAAAACAGUGUUGUUUUGAUUUUCUAAGAAAGGGGGCUUGUGGGACCCUCCCCUCUUUACUCUUUCUGGGGCCCCUUUGCCUUCCCUUUUAAAAUUGGCAUGUGAACCUGUUGUUCCUACGAGAUGAGUCAGGCAGGAUGGGAACAUUAAUUUACUUGAGCAGAUGGGUAUCAGAUUCUCUCUGAGGGGAAAGAAAAGUGCCAGGCAUGUGCUGCCACUAAAAAAAAGCACAGUAAGUGAUUGUCAGAGCUGGAAGAUGCCUGGGAAACCAUCUCAUCCAGCUGCCUGCUUUUGCAAAUGGAGAAACUGGACCCUGAAUGAGGAUAGGACUUUGAUUUUGCUCAGAUCCCAACAGUGCUGGCACUGGAUGGUGGAGAGAAUGCACGUUUUACCAGGCACUGUGCUUUCCCUAAGCUCUAACCUUAAUUCUUCAUUUAUUUCACUAGUAUUUAUGGAGCGCCUACUGUGUGCUUGUACAUCUACUAGGAGCUGGAGAUAGAGCCAUGAAUAGCAUGGACAGGGUCCCUGCCCCAUGGGGCUUUUUUCAUACCUAGCUAUGUUAGCUUGAGAUUAUAAAAAUUUCCUUUCUGGUCCUCAGUACAAAUUAUAGUAACAGUAAGUUCCAACUGCCAGUGAAUUUGCUUCAUAGGUAGCAGCUGGCCCCAAGGGACAGAGCACACAGAGAGGCCCGAAUGGUUUUGUGAUCCUUUGCAGGAGGGCGAAAGCCUGGUGAGGUUUUAUAUAUGGGAGAAAAUGCUACUUUGUCAGGGCUUUUAGGAAGGGAUUUCCUUCUGGCCUGGAAUACUUGGAUUUCUUUGUGUUUUUAAUUUCAGGCCUUUUAUUUUAAGAUUUCUGAAAACAUCCGCCCUCUCUGUCGUGCCUGAAUUUUGGUUUCCAUGGUUAUCAGGGCAGUUGUAUUUUUAUAGCACAGGUAGCUGUUAAUCCAUGGUCAAACAGUCACCAGUUGGCUGUGGGUUUCUGUUUUCUGGUGGUGGUCUCUGUUUUUGUUUUUCAGUUGCAAUGCUGUCAUCCCUCCCUCCCUCCUUUCCUCCCUCCCUUCUUCCUUCCACAAACGUGCACUGGUAGCAGGGCCAAGAGUAGUGGGAGUAAGUAGAGACAGAGAUAAAAAACAUAGACGGUGGCCCUAGGGACCUCAGAACCUUUAGGGGGAUAAAACAGAGGGCACACACCCACCUUGUACCAUGUGCAAGGGACAGAUCAAUGGAGUCUCUGAUAAAGGUGUAGAUAGUGAGCCAACAAGAGAGCUCAGAGAUGGGAGGGAUGGUGUCCUGGGCAACUAAGAAGCUAUUGCGUACUGAGGUACUUUUCAAGGAAGAUGUGGAAGAAACAAGUCUCAUUCACAUAGUAGUAAUAGAUGGUUCAAGAAGCAAUUUGUUCUUUCAUUUUGCUUUAAUGAAUGAACCUUCUUGUCACCUAUCAUGGACUUUGACUGAAAUGCCUCCUAAGUUCUCUCAUUACCCUCUUUCUGUUAGCUUAGUGUUUUAAUAGUUUCUCCUCAUAUCUAAGUAUUUGCUAUUGUGUACAUAAAGGUACAUACACAAAAAGAUAUUUGAUUAAGAUUUGGUCUAUUUCAGUUGUAUGUCUCAUUUCUCCAGUUGAGUUCCAAUACAGUAUUAUAUUAAUAAUAAUUAAUAUUUAAUUAUUUUUCCAAGUAAUCUCCCAAGUACCCUAAUGCCCUUAUUAGUGAGAAUUCAGAUGUCUCUCUCCAAACCCCCUGGGAGCUCAUACAGUCCAAAGGGGUCAGUCUUACUUCCACUCUCCAGAGAGAGAACUGCGAGUCUGAGCAGUCCACCCACGUUGUUAUUUCUGACACAGCUACAUGGUAUCACUGUUGAAGAGCUGUCCUGACCGGUCCAAGGAUGUGUGGUCACUGCUGCUCAACGCCCUUAUUGGACCAGAUCCCUGCCAGCAUGAUCCCAUGCUUGGAUUCCAAGGCGACCAUGGACGCUGGUGGCCUCCCCCUGGAGCUGUGGCGUGUGAUCUUAGCCUACCUGCACCUUCCCGACUUGGGCCGCUGUAGCCUGGUAUGCAGGGCCUGGUACGAGCUGAUCCUCAGUCUCGACAGCACCCGGUGGCGGCAGCUGUGUCUGGGCUGCACCGAGUGUCGCCACCCCAACUGGCCCAACCAGCCUGAUGUGGAGCCUGAGUCUUGGAGGGAGGCCUUCAAGCAGCACUACCUUGCCUCCAGGACAUGGACCAAGAACGCCCUGGACUUGGAGUCCUCUGUCUGCUUUUCUCUGUUUCGCCGGAGAAGGGAACGGCGUACACUGACUGUCGGGUCAGGCCGUGAGUUUGACAGCCUGGGCAGUGCCUUGGCCAUGGCCAGCCUAUAUGACCGGAUUGUGCUGUUCCCAGGUGUGUACGAAGAGCAAGGGGAAAUCAUCCUGAAGGUGCCUGUGGAGAUUGUAGGCCGCGGGAAGCUGGGUGAAGUGGCCCUCCUAGCCAGCAUUGAUCAGCACUGCUCAACCACACGCCUGUGCAAUCUCGUCUUCAUGCCGGCGUGGUUCUCCCCCAUCAUGUAUAAGACAACAUCGGGUCAUGUCCAGUUUGACAACUGCAACUUUGAGAAUGGACACAUCCAGGUCCAUGGCCCAGGCACAUGCCAAGUGAAGUUUUGCAUCUUCAAAAACACCCAUAUCUUUCUGCACAACGUGCCCCUUUGUAUCCUGGAAAACUGUGAAUUUGUGGGCAGUGAAAACAACUCUGUGACCGUUGAGGGCCACCCAUCUGCAGAUAAGAACUGGGCCUACAAGUAUCUAUUAGGGCUUAUCAAGUCCUCUCCCAGUUUCCUCCCCACAGAGGACUCUGACUCUUUAAUGUCCCUGGACCUAGAGAGCAGGGACCAGGCCUGGAGCCCAAGGACCUGUGACAUUGUCAUUGAGGGCAGCCAAAGCCCCACCAGCCCAGCCUCUAGCUCCCCAAAGGACUCCAAGGCUGGCUCACAGGAGGCAGAGGUGGCCAGCGAUGGGGAAAGGGUGGCACAGACCCCAGACAGCAGUGAUGGAGGCCUGAGUCCCAGCGGUGAGGAUGAGGACGUGGACCAGCUCACGUACAGACUGUCCUACCAAGUGCAGGGCCCUCGCCCAGUAUUGGGGGGCUCUUUUCUGAGUCCACCACUGCCGGGAGCAUCCAUUCAGCUGCCCAGCUGCCUAGUGCUGAACUCACUGCAGCAAGAGCUGCAGAAGGACAAGGAGGCCAUGGCCCUGGCCAGCUCUGUGCAGGGCUGCCUCAUCCGCAAGUGCCUGUUCCGGGAUGGGAAGGGGGGUGUCUUCGUUUGCUCCUGUGGUCGAGCCAAGAUGGAAGGAAAUGUCUUCCGGAACCUGACUUACGCAGUACGGUGUAUACACAAUAGCAAGAUCGUCAUGCUCAGGAAUGACGUUUACCGUUGCAGAGCAUCAGGCAUCUUUCUUCGCUUGGAGGGUGGAGGCUUGAUCGCUGGCAACAACAUUUAUCAUAACGCAGAGGCUGGCGUGGACAUCCGGAAGAAGUCCAACCCACUCAUACUGUGUAAUCAGAUCCACCACGGCCUUCGCUCUGGCAUUGUCGUCCUUGGUAAUGGGAAAGGCAUCAUCCGAAACAAUCAAAUAUUUUCAAAUAAGGAAGCUGGCAUUUAUAUUCUGUACCACGGAAACCCAGUUGUGAGUGGGAACCACAUUUUUAAGGGCCGUGCUGCUGGCGUAGCAGUGAAUGAGAACGGCAAAGGCCUCAUCACAGAAAAUGUCAUCCGCGAGAAUCAGUGGGGAGGUGUGGACAUCCGUCGUGGAGGGACCCCUGUCCUCAGGAGCAACCUUAUCUGCUUUGGCUAUUCAGAUGGCGUGGUUGUGGGAGACGAAGGCCGAGGGCUGAUAGAAGGAAAUACCAUCUAUGCUAACAAGGGCUGUGGUGUAUGGAUGAUGUCGUCCAGCCUGCCCCACGUCACCAGCAAUCAUGUCAGCUACAAUGGCCUGUAUGGCGUGGCAGUGUUUAGCCAGAAGGAUGGCUCCAGCGAGUUCCCUGGAGGCCAUGGGGCCCAGGAGAACUUCAGUGAGGACGGGGACGCCAUCCUCUGGGAGACAGAGCUGGAGAAGGAUGACGACCUGCUGCGCCGGCCCGUCACCGUCGCUCUUGUGGAGUCUAACAGCAUUAACCACAAUGGAGCCUCAGGACUCUACGUGCAGAGUGGCGAGGCACUGCACAUCAUCACCAACGUGAUCCACGCCAACGGGGACAGAGGCAUCACUGUGGCCCAGAGCAGCCAGCUCACCCAUGUGGCCAACAACAGCAUCUCCUGCAACCGUCAGAGCGGGGUCAAGGUCGAGGCCCAGUGCAAGGUGGAGCUCCGGGGCAAUGGUAUCUAUGACAACAGAGGCCAUGGCAUCAUCACCAAGGGUGACAGCACUGUCGUCAUUGAAAAUGACAUCAUUGGCAACCGCGGCAGUGGGCUGCAGCUGCUGCCUAGGUCCGACACAAAGGUAAUAAAGAACCGGAUCCAUUCAUUCCGGGCCUACGGCAUUGCGGUACGGGGUCGCGCCAAGGCCCUGGUGCAAGAGAACAUCAUCUUCCAGGGCAAGACCAAUAAGACCAUCUUUCAGCAGAUCUCAAACAACCGAGAAUGUAUCAUGCAAAACAAUAAGUUCCUGGUCUUCAAGAAAAAGUCUGAUACGUGGCGCCUGGUGAACCCACCAGCACGGCCUCACCUUGAAAACUCUCUUAGAGGCCCCUCUGCAGCCCAUAAUGGGCGGAAGGUGGCAGCCAUGGCUACCAGGAUCACAGCCCGUGUGGAAGGUGGUUACCACAGCAACCGCAGCAUUUUCUGCACCAUCCUAUAAGGAUGAAGACCUGGCCCAUCUCAGGUCUAGGCCUGGAAGGGGCAGGUGAGGCAGGAGGCAGUGCUGUCAGAGGACUCCUGGAACAGCAGCCACAUCCCCUGCCCUCAGGCCCAGGCCUUGACAGGUGCUCAGAAGAGCAAGGACAUGAAGCCUUCAGAAGGGAAGAAGUAGUACCUGAGAAGACUCCAGGCCUCUUUCCUCUAACCUACCACCCUUCACCAUGUGAAAAAACAGGCUCCCAGGUCUCCUGCAGACUUUAAAAACAAGGUACCUCCAAGACUCUUCUACUCCAUAACCUGCAGUAGGAAGAAACUUAGAAAUGCAUUUCAAAAAGACGAAAAAAGACAAAAGUUGGUGUGUUUCCAGUCAUUUGAGCUCUUGUGAUUAUAAAGGGUCAGGGAAACGCAAACGAUCUGUGAGGCUUUGAUCAGGUUUUUCUGUUGAGUUACAGGGAACCACAUCUCACACCAAAUACAGACUCUUCUCAGGGAAGAGCAGAUUUACUCCUGAGGGAGGGAAAUAAUUCUGCUGAGGUGGGAAGACAAAACUGCCCUAGAACUUUCCCCUUUCCUAGACCUGUCUCUCUUGAUCCCACCAGGGACACCAUCACACCCUCCCAACUGCCAGUGGAGCCAGGAGGAGUUGGGUUUGGUUUACUCAAGGAGACAGUUCUCUUAGACCUGGACAUAGACCUAUGAGGGGCUUGGGGCUGGGAGCCCCUCUUGAAAGGCAGCCCCCAGUGAUGACAAGAGGGCAUGCUGAAAACAGUAGGGGUGCAUGGACAGCUUCCUUCAAGUGGCUCAGGAGUGCAGGCAGGUGCCAAGCUGGGCAGGUACGGGGAUGCUUCAGGUUGCUCCUAGACUCAGGAGGUGGUACCUCGGUGCCAGCUGCAGAUUCAAAUCCCACAUGAGAGCACCCACACCGGCUGCACCUCCCAGGCACCAGCCUUGCAGACUAGAAGAUGGAUGUGCCUAGGGUCCCUUGUAUAUAUCCAUGCUCCCUCGUGGAUAAUCACCUGCCUUACUGCCCCUGCCAUGUUUCCCCACUCUGUGCCUUGGCUCAUGCUUUCUUCCUCUUGGCAUGCCUUUUUCUGCCAUCUCCAUGUUUAGCUUUAACACUGCCACCUAUAAACAGCACUCUCUUCCCUCCAGACGACAAUGCUCUUUCCUUCUUCUGAGCACCAAUAGCCCCCCUCUGCUCCCUCUCAGGGUACCACGCACUUUCUGCCUUGUUUUGGAGCUGUCCGGGUCAUACCCUGUCCUGUCCACUUGCCUGUGUGUUCCCCGAGGGUAGGGUAGGGCAGGGCCACGUCCUACUGCGUGUCCCCAGUACACAGCCCAGAGCUGGGACAGGGUUAGUGUCCUGAGGAAAGGAAGGCUGGCUCCCAAAGGGCUUUACUGAACCAUAAUAUAAAUCUGUCAAGGUUCCAGAGCCAGGUGGGCUCAGACCCCAAUUGCCUGAAGUGGGCUGGAUGCAGGACUGGCUCAGCCUGCACACUCCCCCCUCACUCAGCCUUCCAUGCGGGGCCUUCACCAGCCUGUUGGCGGGGGGGUUGCUGUCGUACACUUCAGUGGUCCUGGCAGUCCCUGGGUGCUGCUCUGCUGGGUGGGGCAGGAGGGAAGCAGAGGGAGCUAGGAGCACUGGGUUCUCCCUGAGGACCCUGGGCACAACAGCACCGGCCCCGCCUGUCCCCAGCACUGCCCUUCGCACUUCUCUUUGGUGGCCCCACUGUGAGUCGCUGUACAAAAUGCUGCCUUUAUUUUGUAAAAAAUGACUUUUCUGUGAAUCAAGUGCUUAUGAGAAUCUCAGUGACCAAAUAAAGUACUGUGUUAUUUGUGGGGUUUCCUUGGUCUG